AGGCACGCCUGGAGGGGUUAAGGUAGCGGCGUGUUUAGCCCCCGGUGAGCACCACAGCGUCCCGCCCAGGCGCCGCCAAUUUCCUGCAGGCACUUCAAGUCGCGAGUGAAGUUGAACUGCUUUGUUUCUGGUGAAAUCUCAACCCUGAUCUCGGUCCGUGUCGAGUCCUCAGACUCAGGUGACAAACGCCGAAGCGGUCACCAUCGCCAUGGCGACAUCUUUCGGCCUGGAGACGGUGCUCGUGCCGAACGGCACCGACCCCGACCAGUUCAUCGACGUCGUGGCCCUGCAUGGCAUCGCCGGCCUCGGCCGAGAGUCGUGGCUCUAUGCCGGCGAUGGCGAGUUAAAAUACAGGAGAUGGUUCGAAGACCAGUGCCCAAACAUCCGCUUCUCCGUCUACGAUUACCCCUUUCUCGACGGCCAGGCAAAUGUCUUCGUGCGCGGCGGCAUCCGGCGCGAGGCUCUCCGCCUGCUCGAGGCCCUCACUGCUCUCAGGGCAGCGGCUGACGAGAAAAAACGCCGCAUCAUGUUCUUCGGCCAUGAUAUUGGGGGGGUCAUUAUCAAAGAGGUAAUUGACUCUCUCUUCUUUCGUCUGAAACUGGACUCUCUACCUGGCAUGAGCCUGCCACUGACAUUUCAUCCCUAAUAGGCUCUGAUAAUGUCUGCAUUUGGCGAUGUACGGUUUCGAGAUAUAUACUUGUCAACUCGGCGGAUUGUAAGUUGAUUAGUGAUUGCUGUCUCCAUGGCCGUGGUAUCGGUUGCGUAGCCUAACAAGAGGAAUAGAUAUUCUUUGGCCUUGGCCAGCAGUGUGACGGCGUCGAAUAUUUUCGACAGAGCU